AUGGCCUCAAUGCUAUUGCGUUCGCUGCCGCGCACGGCGAGCGCAGUCCCAAGGCGCCUCAUCCGUAAUAUAUCUGCCUCAACGUCUGUACUCCAGGCUGAACCAGCGGAAACUUCGACGACGCAUGCCCAAGCCAAAAAUGCCUUCGACUAUCACACAGUUGAAGAUUUACAAGGCAUGACCGCUUCGCAACUUUUAGCGGAGACUGGGUCGAGACAAGAGGCAAAAAUGCGCCACUUUACGGUGAACUUUGGGCCUCAACACCCUGCCGCCCAUGGAGUACUACGAAUGAUUCUGGAGCUCAAUGGAGAGGAGAUUUUGCGUGCGGAUCCACACAUUGGCCUCCUUCAUCGCGGAACAGAAAAGUUGAUUGAAUAUAAGACGUACAUUCAAGCCUUGCCCUACUUUGACCGUCUGGAUUAUGUGUCAAUGAUGACCAAUGAACUUUGCUAUUCUAUGGCCGUUGAGAAACUUCUUAACAUCGAAGUUCCCGAGCGGGCGAAAUGGAUACGAACCAUGUACGGAGAGAUCACGCGUAUAUUGAACCACCUUAUGGCCGUCCUCACCCACGUCAUGGAUGUUGGUGGUUUAACACCCUUCUUGUGGGGUUUCGAAGAGCGAGAGAAACUCAUGGAGUUCUACGAACGUGUAUCUGGUGCUCGACUGCACACCGCUUACGUCCGUCCUGGAGGCGUGGCCUUUGACCUUCCACACGGACUUCUUAACGAUAUCUUCAUCUGGGCGACCCAGUUCAGCAGCCGAAUAGACGAAAUUGAGGAAGUCGUUACCGGGAACCGUAUCUGGAAGGAGCGUACCGUUGGCGUAGGCGUUGUGACAGCGAAGCAAGCGAUGGACUACUCGUUCACUGGUGUUAUGCUGCGUGGGAGUGGCGUACCAUGGGAUUUGAGGAAGGCUCACCCAUACGAUAAGUAUGAUGAAGUCGAAUUUGAUAUCCCUGUGGGCACAAACGGUGACUGCUACGAUCGGUACUUGUGCCGAGUUCAAGAAAUGCGAGAAAGUUUGAGGAUUAUCAGCCAGUGUCUCAAUAAAAUUCCUACUGGUGCGGUUAAGGUCGAUGAUCACAAGCUCGUCCCUCCUCCGCGGGCAUCCAUGAAAGAAAGCAUGGAGUCCCUUAUCCACCAUUUCAAGAUCUUCAGCGAGGGAUAUUCCGUUCCACCAGGCGAGACUUACAGUGCAAUUGAGGCGCCGAAGGGUGAAAUGGGUGUCUAUCUUGUAUCGGACGGAACAAAUCGUCCAUACCGAUGCAGUAUCCGUGCCCCAGGUUUUGCGCAUCUCGCCGGUUCGGAUUUCAUGAUGAGACAUGUCAGCUAUUUUUCUCACAUGUUGGCCGAUGCCGUUGCUAUUAUUGGAACUAUGGACUUGGUGUUUGGCGAGGUCGAUCGGUAG